AUGGACGGGACUAGGCUGUUGUUCUUGUUGUUUGGGGUUUUGUUGGAGGUGUUUUGUGGUGUGUCGGCUAACAGAGGGGGAGCUCCUUCGUUAACUGAUGAAAUCCCAUUCAAAAUUAACUGGCCCGGGGCCGAAUUCACCCUGGUGAGUGUUGUCGCUCAGUGUGUGUGGUUGUUGUGUGAUAGAGAAUAAAUACAGUUUUUGUCAUAGUUAACGUUAAAUCAUGGCUGGUUAUUUAUGAUUUACUUGACAAGCUAACGUUAGCUAGCUAGUUUUAAAUGGUGAUACAGUAUGUUAAGCUUAAGCAUACCUAGCUAGCUAGUAUUCCUUGUUAUGGCUGUUGUCAUAUGACUGCCAAUUUAAAACUGAUCAUCCAUAGUUUGCCUGUGCACCUCCACAACAUUUACAAUCUGUGAGAUGUUGUAAACAUGCAAGUUUCUAGUACAGUAUUAUUAUCUGACCCUAAAUCUGUCCUUCCAUAGCCAACCUCAGGUGCCCUCUACAAAGAAGAUGACUUUGUCGUCAUGACUACAACAGAGAAGGAGAAAUACAAAUGUCUCCUGCCUUCCUUGUCAAAUGGAGAUGAUGUGAGCUAGAUAAAUCAUUUUUAGUUUCACUCCUCUUUUCAACAAUAUUGCUUGUCUCCCUUAUCCUCCUCUCUCUGUCUCCCUCUGUGUCUGUUUGUCUAUCUGCUUCUGUCUCUCCUCCCCCCUCUCUCUCUCAGGAUGAUGACAAGGAGUACGCUGGUCCCACUCCAGGUGAUCUGCUGGACCCACUGUUCAAAGAGAGCAGCUGCUCCUACAGAGUGAGAACUGAACCGUUUCACUUCUACUUCUGUCUAAAUAAAGGCUAGGAUAUCAUGAGUACCACUGCAACACCAAUGUCAUGGGUCGUCCCCCCCCUUAGGGAUCACAUGCUAAAGAUGUAUGUCAUGUACUAUGCUGUCAGUUUCUAUGGAUAGGCUAACCACGGGCUCUUCUGGCAUGUGUUGGGGUGUUAAUUAAUAGAUUGAGUCAUACUGGACGUAUGAGGUGUGUCAUGGGAAACAUGUGAGACAAUACCAUGAGGAGAAGGAGACGGGACAGGUAAGUGGGAAAUUAUGUUACUUCAAAAUCGCCAUCAUUAUAAUGUAUACCAUCAAGUAUGUUGCAAUAAGUAAGAAAAAAGCACUGUGAAAAGUGAAAUGAUUUUUGUGUUUAAUCUAGCAGAUCAAAGUUCAGGAGUACGUUUUGGGAAGCAUGACCAAGAAGACUGAGUCUUCAGCCACUUCAGGAACAGAGACUGCGGAGGUAGAGAAAGUCAAGGAGAUGGGUCCUAUGCCAGAAGCUCAGAAAGAGGUUGGUUGUUCAAGUGACAAAAAAAACCACACAAAAAACACGUCGUAAGACUUCUUUGAACCUUUGUCUUUUCUCAUUUUAUUUCUCUCUAAUCACGUGUCUCUAAUCACGGGGCUCUAAUCACGGGGCUCUAAUCACUGGUCUCUAAUCAUGGGUCGCUAUUUUGAAGGUUUUACUUGCUGUGAUUAGUUUAUCUACCGAAGUUGAAUGCACCGAUUGAAAAUAUAAAUGUUUCUAGGUUCCCACUAAGAACGUGGAGGGCCAGCUGACUCCAUACUACCCGGUAUUGAUGGGCCACGGGACGGCGUGCGUCCUGAAACAGAACACACCUCGCUCCACCAACGUGCUGUAUGUCUGCCACCCCGAAGCCAAGAACGAGAUCCUCUCUAUCGCUGAGGUCACUACCUGCGAGUACGAAGUAGUGGUGCUGACCCCUCUGAUCUGUGCACACCCCAAAUACAGGUGGGUGGGUGUGAGAGAAUGCACCUCCAAAUACAGCAGCAUACCACCCUGCAGGUCGGUUCCAGAUGUUUCUGGAAGUGGUGUUGGAGGGCCAGUAGGAGGCACUCUUUCCUCUGGUCUAAAAAAAUAUCCCAAAGCCCCAGGGCAGUGAUUGGGACAUUGCCCUGUGUAGGGUGCUUUCUUUCGGAUGGGACAUUAAACGGGUGUCCUGACUCUGUGGUCACUAAAGAUCUCAUGGCACUUAUCGUAAGAGUAGGGGUGUUAACCCAGGUGUCCUGGCUAAAUUCCCAAUCUGGCCCUCAUACCAUCAUGGCCACCUAAUCAUCCCCAGCUUCCAAUUGGCUCAUUUAUCCCCUCUCCUCUCCCCCGUAACAAUUCCCCAGGUUGUUGCUGUAAAUUAGAAUGUGUUCUCAGUCAACUUACCUGGUAAAGUAAGGGUUAAAUAAAAAUACAGGUAGCAGCAGGUCUAAUGUAAACUGCUUCCCAAACCCAACCAGUUCCCCUUAUGAUGUAUUUCACAACUACCAUAGCUGAUUUAACUAAUGCAACUAUAAGUAAAGGGGACAACCUUGUUUUAUAUGUUGUGGAGGCUUAUAUCUUUAUCCCGUGGUCUGUUAGGUUCAAGUCGUCCCCAGUGAAUGCCAUCUUCUGCCAGGCCAUGUCUGGUUCUCCCCUGCGGCCUCACAGUCUCUCUCAGAUGGACCGGGAGCAGGAGGAGCUGCUGAAACCUCCCUUCACUGCCGCUGCUGCCCCAGAGAGAGAAGUGAGAAAGGAGGAGGAUGGAGAGAGAGGGAGGGGGGAAGGAGAGAGGGGGGAAGGAGAGAGGGAGGAAGGAGAGAGGGAGGGGGGAAGGAGAGAGGGAGGAAGGAGAGAGGGAGGGGGAUGGAGAGAGGGAGGGGGAUGGAGGGAGGGGGGAUGGAGAGAGGGAGGUGGGAUGGAGAGAGGGAGGGGGAUGGAGAGAGGGAGGGGGAUGGAGAGAGGGAUGGAGAGAGAGGGAGCGAGACUGGGGGAGGAGAAAGAGAGGAGAGAAGGGAAUGUAGAAGAUAAGAGAUAAGAGUUGAUGGUAGUGGGGCAAUACAGGGUCAUGAUCAGAAUGACAAAACGGUGUUGGACAAGUUCAGGUAAGUGGCUAUUCACCGUUUGAAAUCUGUUUGUCUGUACUGAACACAACCCAGGUUUAGAAGCUGUCUGUUUAAUGUCUUCUAAAUAAACACCUCCUCCCCUCCUCUCUCUUGUCCUCCAGAAGGAGAAUACGUCCCCGGUGAGAGAGGUGGCCUUCUCCUCUACCCAUAAGCCCCUGGUGGUGGGCGGGCAGACCCAGGUUACCGUGGGAACCACCCACAUCUCCCGCCUGACCGACGAGCAGCUGAUCAAAGAGUUCCUGAGUGGCUCCUACUGUCUCCAUGGGGUUAGUAUGAGGCCUGCUGAUUGGCUGGCUGUUGAAAGAGACACCUGCUCAUUGGCUACAGCCACAUAUUGGCUACUGCUCAUUGGCUGCUGUUGUUAAUUCAAUAUAAUAUAUCUUUAUUGUUCCCUGAUGGCCAUGUUGGUUGCAGCGCAUUACAUACAUUAAAAACAUAAUACAUUACAGGUAUACAUACAAAAAGAGGAACUGACAGAGGAGGUUUGAAGAGAUGCUCAAGUAACUCACACAACUCUUAGCUUCAUACUGUAGCCUCUGUCUGAUGUCUGGAAUGUGUGUUGCAGGGAGUGGGAUGGUGGAAGUAUGAGUUCUGCUAUGGGAAGCAUGUACAUCAGUACCAUGACGUAAGGGUUAUUUACUUAGCAGCUCAGUAAUGUUGAAAUACUUAAAGCACAAUAUUUCCUGUAGACUGAAAGAUGUUUCAGUAUUGGCUGGCUGGGUGCAUCAUCAUGUAUUUUUUGGUAUGUUAAAAGUAUCUAAUAUACGAUGAUUGAUUGAUUUCUCUCCCAGGAUAAGGAGCAGGGGAAGAACAUUGUGGUAGUGGGCAGUUGGAAUGCUGAAGAACACCUGGAGUGGGCUCAGAAGAACGUGGCCCGAUCUUACCAGUUGAAAGACGACGGGGAGCAGAAAGUCAAGUACGUCCACCAGUUUUAGAUUUCACUGAUCAGCACUAUGUUAAUGAAUGUACCAAUAUUUUAGGAAUAUGGCAUUAGGGGCUGAUGUCCUGGACAAAGAUUAAGUCUACCACUGGACUAAAAAACAUGCUCAAUGGAGAAUAUCUAUUGAAAGGGCGUUUUAGUCCAGGAAUAGGAUUCAUCAGUGUCCAGGAAACCUGAGUUUCUAAAGAGAACACAUUUGUGAUUGAUAAUGAGGAUAAUGACUUCAUGGUUGUUGUACUUCUUCCCCAGAUUGGUGUCCCUCUUCUACGGCCAUGGGGACGUGUGUGACCUGACAGGGAAACCCAGACAGGUCAUCGUCAAGCUCAAGUGAGUCACCAUCAGUGUUGCUACGGUCUUCCUGAGAGAGGGGUCUGGUCUAGUAGGGUUAAUAUAAUAAUAUAUGCCAGUUCAGCAGCCGCUUUUAUCCAAAGUCACUUAGUCAUGCAUGCAUACAUUAAGUACAGGUGGUCCCGGGAAUCGAACCCACUAUCCUGGCGUUGCAUGCGCCAACGCUUGGCAUGCUCUACCAACUGAGCUACAGAGAACCACUUCUCCAUUGGAGUAACAUGUGGAGCCUGUUCAGGAGGUUACAGUUCAUCAGAUAGAAAUGUAUGGGAUAGGACAGAUAUGAUUGUCAUGUAGAAUAGGGAAUUGAGUAAUGUCUACUGAUUCUAUUUCUAUCUGCAACGUUCAGAACGUUUCACAUCACUGAAUACACAGCUGGUCUCUGAUUUCAAGUCCGUCCUCUGUCUCAGGUGUAAGGAGUCUGAGUCUCCCCAUGCGGUCACUGUGUACAUGCUGGAGCCUCAGACCUGCCAGUACAUCCUUGGGGUAAGAAUGCACACACAUCACUGUUGCAUCAUGUUAUGGUUAAACACUUGAACACAUUCUUGCUGUUUUUGUGUGUUUACCACGAGAGUUUGGGCGAGUCAGAUUCCCACUGUAUUCAAUACACAUGGCAAAUCAACUUGAUUCUGUUCAUUUUUCUCCAUCAGGUUGAGUCUCCAGUUAUAUGCCAGAUCCUGGACACAGCUGAUGAGAAAGGCCUUCUAUCCGUCUCCAGCUAACAGCACGGACAGAGGAGGCUGGAGAGACGGAUAAAGGAGGGAUGAGCAGAAAUUAAAAAAGAAGCCGUUUUACUACGUUUAAAUUGAUGUGCACAUCUAGUAAAACUUCUUCUUUGUUCUAGAAAAUAAAGGACAGGGAUUUAGGCAAAGACUGCCUGAAAUGGAAGAUUGGAUGAACCAAGGCCCAUGGCACUGCUCAGGAGGUCCAGACAGACAUGGACAUGGAGAGGAGCGGAGGGAGAGUGUUGAUCCUGGAACGGACCCUGGAACCCAGGACCACAGUCCCUCUCUACCACCCUGGCUUAAACCUCUAUGUACUGAACCAACCCCAUGCUGCAUCUAAAGCCUUAUGAUAAAGUGUGGAAAAACACAUUUGAUCUGAAUUGGAAAUCCAAUUCCAAAUGGGACAGAGCCUCACAAAAUGGGACCCUGUUCACUCCACAAGGCUCUAUGGCCUGGACUUAUCUUAGGGCAGGUUAGUUCUAGUGUGCUCUGGCCAAUAUGCCAGGACAGAACAACCAAUCAUUCAAACAGCAUCAUUAGGAGAACCCGCUUCCAUGUUGUACUUGGUUUUAUCCUCAACAUUUUUAAUUAACUGUAUUUAUUUGGGUUUCAUUU